AUGUUUAUUAUUAAUCUCUUAUCACUGAUUGUUCCUAUCCUCCUAGCAGUAGCUUUCCUUACACUUCUUGAACGAAAAGUACUAGGAUAUAUGCAACUUCGUAAAGGCCCUAACGUUGUUGGCCCAUAUGGGCUCUUUCAACCAUUCGCUGACGCAAUCAAACUAUUUACUAAAGAACCGCUACGCCCAAUGACUUCAUCUAUAACUAUAUUUUUACUUGCCCCAAUCCUAGCGUUAUCCCUAGCUCUUACACUGUGGGUUCCUCUACCAAUACCUCAUUCCCUUGUUAAUCUUAACCUAAGCCUCUUAUUCAUCUUAGCCAUAUCUAGCCUAGCUGUCUACUCUAUUCUAUGAUCAGGAUGAGCAUCUAACUCCAACUAUGCUUUAAUUGGCGCACUCCGAGCAGUCGCCCAAACAAUCUCUUAUGAAGUCUCUCUAGCUAUUAUUCUGCUAUCAGUGAUAUUAUUUAAUGGUUCAUUCUCUUUGUCCUCCCUCACUAUUACUCAAGAACAUUUAUGGCUGCUAGUCCCCUCAUGACCCCUAGCAAUAAUAUGAUUCAUCUCAACACUAGCAGAAACUAACCGGGCCCCAUUUGACCUAACAGAAGGGGAAUCAGAAUUAGUUUCAGGCUUUAACGUUGAAUAUGCAGCAGGGCCCUUCGCUCUAUUUUCCUUUGCAGAGUACGCUAACAUCAUUAUAAUGAAUGCUCUAACCACUAUUCUAUUUAUAGGGGCUUUUCAUAAUAUAUCUGUUACAGAAAUUUACACGUUAAAUUUUAUUACAAAAACACUACUUCUCACUAUACUAUUUUUAUGAGUUCGAGCAUCAUACCCUCGAUUUCGAUAUGAUCAACUAAUACAUUUAUUAUGAAAAAACUUCUUACCAAUAACCUUAGCCCUAUGCAUAUGAUACAUCUCCAUCCCUGUUAUAUUAGCUAGCAUCCCCCCUCAAAUAU